UUCUUCGCCUCUUCCUUCGUUCCUUGCUCUCCUUUCUUUUUCCCCUUCGCCUUUAUAUCUCUUUCUUCUGCGGGAUUUUCUUUCAUUUCUUUCCUUUCGCCUUGUGGCUUAUGGUUAGGGUUUCCUUCUGCUUUCUAUUAUUCAUUAUUUUUUCUUGGAAUUCUUUGUUCCUUUUGUGUCAAUUUCGAAUUCGACGGAGGCGUCGUUCGUUCGACUGAAAUUGCGGUUUCUUCUGAUGAAGACAGGAAUCAUCUGCUGCUGAGAUUGAGAUUUGAAUUCGGCCAAGGAAAGUUCAACAAAUAGAUUAUAUAUCUGGUGAACAGGCGAGAGGAAAAUAUGGAGCACGAAGAGACAGGAUGCCAAGCUCCCGAGAGUCCUAUUCUUUGCAUCAACAACUGUGGCUUCUUCGGUAGUGCAGCCACCAUGAAUAUGUGUUCCAAGUGCCACAAGGACUGGGUUUGGAAGCAGGAACAGGCUCAAUUUGCUGCUUCAUCUAUCGGGAGUAUUGUGAAUGGAAGCACUAUCAACAAUGGGAAGGAGCCCGUGGUUGCUGGUAAUGUUGAUGUUCCUGUUGCUUCUGUAGAGCCUAAGAUAAUUUCAACACAGGCAUCGAGUGCUUCAGUCUCAAGUGAAGGUGAGGUGAAGGCAAAAGAGGGUCCAAACAGAUGCAACACCUGCAGGAAGCGUGUGGGCUUAACGGGUUUCAACUGUCGAUGUGGAAAUCUUUUCUGUGCCAGUCAUCGCUACUCUGACAAACACAACUGCCCCUUCGAUUACCGGACAGCUGCUCGUGAUGCUAUAGCUAAAGCCAACCCAGUUGUCAAGGCAGAAAAGCUUGACAAGAUCUAGGAGUCAUGGAGUGAAGAUUUAUGUGUUGCAAUAUGUUGCUUCCUUCUUUAUCCAUGCAUCUUCUUUAUAUUGGCUGCUAUGCUCUGUAGGUGUCCAUUAUUGGUACAAAUGAUUGGAGGCAUCAUAGUUAGGGCAUCUUUGCAGUCGGAACUCUAUAUUCGUUGUUGGUUGGGCGUGGAUUUCUUUGUUGGCUCCAGUGUGUAAGUCUUCAUUAGUGCUGGUUUGAUGGACAUCUUUGUGGCUUAUGAUUUGGUUAGCAGUGUAAUUUAUGGUCGUGGUUCGCCUAGCAUUUCACUCUGAUGCUAAUUACAUAACGGUACAUACAAUACUGCAAGGAUUUUAAUAUCAUCUCUGCAGUGUUAAUUGUUUGG